CAAAUCCAUGUGGAUUUUGCAUUAUUUUUUAAAAAUAAAUAUUAUCAUACUAAUCAGUAAAGAUAGAGUUGUGUCUAUACUUGAAAACCCCUCUAACAAUUGAUAUUAAAAUUGAAAUAACAAAAAUCUACAAAAAGGUUAAAUACUCUUCAUGUUCGAGGAGCUUUACAUGGAUGGAAAGAAAAGGUAUAUGGCAGAAAGCAAUCAAAAGAUCUUUGAUGUUCGGUUGUGGGAGUAGCAUCCUCAAGAUGAUCUCGCAACUAAGAGUACCGACGAGUUAUGUCGACAGCUUCUUACUAAUGGUGAUACAAAGAUUAGAUGUUCGUAAUGAUCUUGUAAGAAAUUAGGUGGAGAAUUCUUAAUGGUAUUGCAAAGGUUAAGUUGAUAAUUCUGUUGGUGUGUAUUGAUAUAAUAUGUGUGUCAUGUUCUGUUGAAGGUUGGAGACCAAGAGUUUGUAUGGUAUUUGGUUUGAGAUAAAGAUUGUUGAAAUUUCAAUCAAGGUUCACAAUCACAAGUUUAAUUAGACAAAAAAAAUUAGAAUAUACGUAAUACUCAAUACUAAUUAGUACGAAAUUGUAAUUCUUAUCUGUAGUAAUCUCAUUCAAUCAUCUUUGAUAUGUUGAAAGAUAAAUAUUUGGUUAGUUACAAAUACUUACAUUCGUAAUAACUGCCAAAAAUCAUUUAUUUGAUCUUCGUUGAAGUCAUGUCCAUAUACAAUCAUGAUCAACGUGGUCUCGUCAACAAACUUUCGGUCUUUUUCAUAACGACUGCAAUGUGGACGUUCACACAAUGCUACCAGACUCCUAAAGCCUCUUCAUCUCAAGUCAUCAUUUUCAUAUUAUAACCUUAACAGCCGGACUGGGUAGCGCCUAAGGCUUUUCUCUCUGACGCACCUUUCAAGACAAACGUUCUCCGACGCCGGUGGAGCAAAAUUUCACCGGCGUCGCCUCCGCUCCAUUUUCCACAUGUCUUUUUCUGUUCCAAGUCAAAGCUUCCAUUAUGUUUCUUGUUCGCUUUCUCAAUCAUUAUUGGAUCUGGGGUCCUCAACAUUAAAAAGACCUUCAUGGUCUAUGCUCGUGUUCUUGAGACCACCAGAACUGCAUUCUAUACCGGGGGUUCCCGGAAAAACUGUACAAACCACCUCUCUACGCCACGACUCGAAGGAAGGGCUCUCUGAGCUUCACCUUGCAACUAACUCCACUUGCGCAAGUGGCGCAUUGUUUCACCGCUUUCCCUUCUCUGAGUUUGGACUUCACUUGAGCUCCAGAUCUGUGAGGACCUCCAUAGAAUGUUCCGGAUCUGAACUACUUUUGAAGAAAGCUCAAAGCUCAGGCGUGUUGAGCGUCUCAGGCCGCCGCAGUCCAUCAUCUUCGCUUUGUAAACGGGGCUCCGUUUUCUUGCUCGGCGGCUGUUCAACCCCCAUCCGCCAGACCAUCACGAUCUCCUCUCCUCCACCCUGCGCCACAGACCGUUAUCCCGGCGACAAAGUGCUUCGUAGCUGGAGAAGCUCCGCCGCACACAACUUUCCCAUCAAGCUCAAAUCCAGUGAGGCUGCAGACGUCAGCCCUAACCUUUCUUCUACAUGGGCCAGGCCCAAGUUGUUUUCAAGAGAGAUUUUCAUCGUCGUGGUUGCCGGUGGGUUCAUCAGCACCAUCAUCAAAGACCUUUCUCAUGAGAAGUGUCACCUCUCCUGCAAUAAAGCAGAUGAAAUUGCCAAAAUCCUUAACCGUUUUGUUAUCUUGCGGAGCGGUCUGUACGGGGCCUGAAGAUGCAACGGGUUUCGUUUCGACGAUAUUCCGAGGUGUGGAUUGGCUAUCAACGUCACGAUUUAAUGUGACUAUGUUUCAACUUUCCGGCGAUGCUGUGAAAUUUACCUUGACGCAUUCGAGUUGUUCUCUGAAUUCGCUGUCGAUUUAUCCUAGAGGUUUCUCUACAUCUAUUAGUUAUGUUGUAUUGUCUUACUGUUUUGCUUCUAGUGCUAGGAUUGUCUAUUCUUCAAAGUGUAAUCCGGAAGUUUAAGUAUUAAUGAAAGCUGUGUUCAAAAAAAAAAAAAAAAAAAAAAAAAAAACCUUAACAAA